UGUAGAUGCCUUGACAAUUUUUAUCGUCUAGAUCGUUUUGGAGGGUGCUUGCCAUGCCCCGAAACCGGUGUGGUAUGCAAGAAUGACACGGCGAUAUUGGCGCCCAAUUAUUACUGGAAGUGGACCAAUGAAACUGCAGAAGAAUCAUAUGGAAGAUUUCUUGACAAUAUUCUCACGCCCAACCGAGAUUACAACGACACUUAUUCCAAGUUUAAUGGAUCGCUACCUGCGCCUCUUAAAUGUCCCCAUGUGGCAUCCUGCAAAGGUGGCGUUGAUUCAGAAUGUCAGGAAGGAUAUUGUGGCACCCUGUGUGCAAGCUGCACUACUGAUCACUAUCAUGGAUUUAACACGUGCAUAAAAUGCCCCGAUAUGACAAUCACUGUCCUCUCAUCUGCCGGAGUGGUGAUACUGUUUCUCGCGGUGUUCAUGAUGGUUCUUUGGGGCGACUCAAAGCAUACUGAUAAUGACAGAACUGUCGCAGAUGUCAUCAUGUCGUGCUUCAAGAUUGUGUUGGGUUUUCAUCAAGUUAUCGCAGGGAUUUUCUCAGCACUGACACGUGUUCGAUGGCCGAUAACUCUGAUCACAAUGGAAAAAUAUUUAAAAUUUGUCGAAGGGAAUAUUUUGCAGUUUGCCCCUUUGAGUUGCAUUUAUCCUAGUUUUCGUUUGGAUCCAUUUCUAGAGUUUGCCCUAGCAGUAGCAGUCAACAUCGUGGUUGUUUCCUUGAUCCUGUUUUAUCUACUUGCAAAGCAACGCUACAUCAACAAAAUGGAGAUUGUUAUGAGCGAAAAAGUGAACAAAAUAUCAAGCCUGAAGAAGUCGUGCUACCGAAAUAUAUUCUUAUUUCUUUUAUUGUCAUAUCCAAUGACAAGUAAGAAGAUAAUUCACAUUCUACCGUUGCCUGGGGUUUGUUUAAACAUGUGCUUUACCAAAGACAGAAACGACUGUAUUUCCCUCCUGAGGGCCGAUUACUCAGUCCAUUGCUUUACCGCUCGACACAAUGUCUUCUGGCGCAUUGCUGCUACGUUUUCGCUGUACCCAAUAGCCUUCCCGCUAUUGGUGCUGCUACUCCUUUUCAAGUACCGGGAUUCUCAAGUACAUGCUGAAAUCGCCUUUGCUUUGAGAGUGUAUUUUGAAAACUACAAAAAGACAUACUGGUUUUGGGAGAUAGCUGAAAUGUAUUGGAAGCUAAUGCUGAUCUCGUUGAUCCUUCUCUUUGAAUCUGAAAGCCGCUCCCGUAUCGGAUUUUCCGUGGCCACAGCCAGUGCUUUUGGAAUUGCCCACACCAUCUUCCGUCCAAUAAAAGGGAAAUUUGAAGAUCGCCUCCAGACGUACGCUUUGUGGGUAAUAUUCUUUGACGUUUGCCUUGGUGCAAUUUAUUCGCAGCCUGAAGUCAACGAUGCUCGUAGUGAAAACGAAUCCAUCUUUGUCAAUAUCCUCUUUGUGUUCCUCAACAGCUCGGUACUGCUUGUAACCUUGGGGAAGGGUGUUCUCCAUAUGCGACACUUCUGCGGAAAUGUUACUGCUUGCUUUGGACGAUGCUUCCAGGUUCUUUGUCAAAGCUGCAGGGAUCUAAAGAGAAAAGCAAUUCGCCAAAGGCAGGAUUUGGUAUCAGUGUCUCCUUCAGAGGUUUCUAUCGAAGAACUUAUCCAGCAACCAAUAUGACAAAUUUAAGGGAUUUAAAGCUCAAAACUCUUUUGUGGUCCUGGUUGUGAAGAAAGCUGUUUAGACUGCACUUUAUCGAAUUUUAGCUAAGCCAGGGGAGAGCUGUCAAGGACUUUAAACGAUACUAAAAGUAGUUUCAACUGCAUGUUCGCAUUUACCAUGUAACCUAAAUAUCUUUAUAUAU